CAAUCCAAUCGAAACCAGCGUUUUGUUCGUUUGUGCUGCGGUGUGCGGUUCUUUCCGUGGUUUGCCGGUUUACCUGCUUCUGCUGUUUUCUUUGAGAAACCCUACAGUGCGCGAAGUGAUGCUACAAUAUCCCUCCGUCGCUUAGCUGACGUACAGUGCAAAGCAGAAGCCAUGCUUUCUCAGAACUUGUUACGUUCACGGGCGUUAUGGUCGGCCCAGGUCGCUUCUGCUCAGCUUGCGGCAUUAUCCAGAGCGCUCACGACCAUGAAGACAUCGUCUCUCUACAUCCGGGGCAAGGAGGCGAGGAACAGACGAGCCUUAGUCCUGCCGCACUUAGAAAUCGACAAGCUUGUGAACGACAUACCGACCAUCAGACGAACCUUAGAAGCACGUAACAUACCGCUGGACAUUUCGCUCUUGAGUACCCAGCUCCCAUCGCUGCGAAUCGUCAAGAACGAAUUCAACCGGGUGCAGAUGGCGAUCAUGGAGAUCACAAGAAUCCUAUCUGACCACAGACUCUUGUCGGCAUCCGAGAAACCCGAGUCCGAACUAAGAGCCGAACUGUCCUCGCACUACACGACCGAGCGAGAGGUCAAGCAGUCCAUGUACGCCAAAGAAGAAGAUGUCGUGCCCACAAUCCUCCGGAUCCCUAAUUUCAUCCGAGCCCCGACGGACAACGUGUCUUCGCUGUUCAAGGAGUACGGCAACCGUCCCAAGUUCGCCUUUUCGCCGGCAUCUCACGUCGACAUCGGUGGCUCGGACAUCGUGUUUCGCGACCACCCGCGGUUGUGCUACCUCAAAGCGGACCCUGCGCUGCUCGAACUCUCCCUGAUCCGGUACUUCGACCAGAAGCUAUCCGGUCUCGCCGGCUUCGAGCCGGUCAGCAGCCCGGACUGGGUAGUGGACACCGUCGUCGAAGGCUGCGGCAAGAACCCAAUGGACCUGGACCACACUUUGGUCAUCGAGUCCAAGGAACACAAUGGCGGGCACCAGCACCACUUGGUGGGCUCCGCGUCGUUCGAGUCGUUCGCGGCUUACAUGACCCGUCGCCAAGUCGGCAAGCUUCCGGCUUGCUACUAUUCGCUCGGUCGUUUCUACGCGGCUCACUGCGAUGCCCUGCUACCGGGACUGUAUUCUCUGGCCCAGUCGGAGCGCGCCAGCGUUUUCGCGGCAUGCAAGGAGUCAGAGCUCGAGAACACGUUCGAGGAGCUUCUAGUCGAGCUCCUCCAGUGGUAUAAGGAACUGAAGAUUCCUUUCCGACUUCGGUUGGUGGAGCCUGUCCAGCUGCGUUUCAUCGAGAGUCUGCGGGUCGACAUCGAGGUCUGGUCGCCGGCGCUGGACUCGUACGUUCCCUGCGGGUGGUUCUCGCUUCACGGGGACUUUGUGAGUCGCAGGCUGAUCAUGGUGCACGGCGCGGGCGCUUCCGACGUCAAAUUUGCGCACACCCUUUUCGGGUGCGUGGCGAACAUCCAUUGCCUCGCGGCGUCCAUCAUGGAGAAUGGACAGACCAAGGAUUGCUGCUUCUCUUUUCCGGCAGUUCUUAACCAGCGGGUGCGCGCCCAGGUGUCGCAAUGAAGGGGCUGUGUCGAGGCACAGCCCGCAGAAAUAUUGGAGAUCUGUGCAGCAGUGGCGUGUGCUUAUUACAUAAGCCACACACCGUCCUUAUUUUUGUAGUAAAAAUUAUAUGACAUUUAGUGUUA